AAUAAAUUACAUGAUGUGAGGAAUCGGCACAGUCUCGUGCGAUUUCUUACGCAACAGGUCGCGGAGGCUGCCACAUGGUUACGGCAUCUUCGGACCCUCUUCAUACCACAUCAUACACGCGAGAUGCUUCAAUUAAGGAGGCUGUUUGUCCUGGCGACCAUCGUGACCUGUUGUCUUGAGGCUCAGGGCGCCGACAAGUACACCGACGAGAACAGACCCUACGAGUUCGGGUUUAAUAUCGACGGGGAACAACACCGACAUGAGAAGAAAGAUGAGAAUGGUAUCAUCAUGGGCGAAUUCGGUUUCAUCACGGCCGACGGUGUUUACCAUGUAACUGUCUACGCUACCGACGAAAAUGGAAACUUCAAGAUCCUAUCCAUGAAGAACAUUCGAGUUAAACCAUAUCCAACGUCACCUGAAGUACCUUCUAGGAAAGGCAACUCUCUGCCUUUCCCUCCAUCGCAACAAGCGCCAAUAACCCAGGGCCCUGCUCCCCAGCAGCCGAAACCAAACCAGCCCUCUAAGUCCUGCUCGCACUGCAGCUUGCCUACAACCACAACGCAAGCGCCAAAAUUAUCAGACGUAGCGGUAGUUUCUCGAGAUCCUCUGCCUUCUUCUGUCCUGGGUACAAACCCCGCCACCCCACCGAAGUAUCCUCUGGCAGCCAAUGGCUAUCAAAACUUCCCAAAAGGUCAACACAACCUUCCAGCUCAAGGAGGCGCCGGGCCAGCCGCUCCCAACUACCCUCAACAAGGCGCAGAUGGACCUAACUACCCACAGCAAGGACAAGAUUCCCAGACAAACUAUCCUCAGGGGCCAAGCUCACCCCAACAGGGUCCUAAUAGUUAUAAUCCACAAGGGCAAGACCCACAAGCCGGACCGAAUUAUCCGCAGCCAGGACAGAAUUAUCCUCAAGAAGGACAAAACUACCCACAACCAGGACAACCAGGACAGAAUGCGCCAUCAGGCAACUUCCCUCAAAGUCCGGCACAAAACCUUUUACCUCCAUCUGGAGAAAGAGAACCAAAGCAAAUCGAGUCACGUUUUGGCGAAACGCCUGGAGCACAGAAUAACCAAGUUGGUCCUCAAGGUCCUAGUAAACCACAGCUCAUUUCAGCCCAAAUGCAAAUCGUUGAUAAAAACACGGAUGUAAAUUACAAAGCUCCUGGUGAAAAGGAAGGUCUGCCAAACGGAUUGACAAAGGAUGACAUGACCACUCUUUUAUACACAUUUAAUUACACGGUUGGUUUUCACGGUCACCACGAGGAAGGUUACACUAACGGUGCUAAGAAAGGUUACUAUUAUGUGACCGGCAGGAACGGAGUAAGGACGAGGGUAGACUACGUGGCCGACGAAAAUGGAUUCCGCCCCAAGAUAACCCAAGAAGUUCUCGACCUUCUAUCGGAAGACGUUCCGAAACCAGAAACCGAAAAAGACGAAAAAUAUGGUCUUAAAGGUUACGAAUUCAAGUGGCUUUACUAUCCAGUUGACUCAAAAACUCGGUAGAAACCUACUUUUAUAUAAUAUAAUAAGUAGUUGAAAUGCUAACUUACCAUAUUAGUAUUAUAAUUAGGAUACAUAUUUUUAGAUUUUAAUGUAAUUAAUAACACAUUAUUGACAUUAUACUUAAAUAGAUAAGUUAAUAGUAACUGAACUAAACACUGCCAAGAGAACUGCCGUACAGAAGACGAAUUUCUUUAUACUACAUGAUACUACAUAGGAGUGAAAGCACCCACCUACUAACCUAUCUAUAGUAUAAUUUAGUGAAGCAUUGCAUAUGCAUAUAUAAUAAUUUAUUAAUAAGUAUAUCAUAAAACAUUUUUAUCUUA